GCUGGCCACCGGGAGCGCGCGAGGCUUGCUUUGCGCGGCCACUUUAAGCCCGGCCGGGCUCCACACAGCAGAGCAGCCGCUUGUUGAUUUCCGGGCUGCCCGGCGCGGAGUCCGCCCUCUGAGCCGCCGCGCUGUUGCUCCUCCUCGGGGCCACCCCCUCGCCGGCGUCCGGGAGGGAGCCACGGAGGCGCCGCCGCUGCUGCCGCGGGAGGGAGCGAAGCGGCGGGCGGGCCGGCCGGCCGGCCUGGGCGGGGGGAGCCGAGCCCCGGUGGUGGUGGUGGCGGCGGCGGCGGCGGGUGGUGCCGCCGCCAUUGCCAGCCUGCCCCCGCUCUCCCCCCGCCGGCGGUGCGCUUUGCAUGCGGAGAGAUCCGGGCGGAUAAGAAGAGGCGGGUCUGCGGCGCACUCGCUUCUCCGGGCGGCUUUGCGCGAAGAUGGCCGCUCCUCCGCUCGCCAACAAGGCAGGCUCCGCUGGCGGGGCCGGCCCGGCCCGGGUGGCGGCUGCUACCGCUGCCGCCGCUGCAGUCGCCGCCGGCUUCCCGGAGCUGGAUUUCCGCUCGGGCGCCCGGAUCGAGGAGCUGAACCGGCUGAUCCAGGAGUUCGGCAAGCACGACCAGCGCGAGUACGACGACCAGCGCGCCCUGGAGAUCCACACCGCCAAGGACUUCAUCUUCUCCAUGCUGGGCAUGGUGCAGAAACUUGACCAAAAGCUCCCUGUCGCCAAUGAGUACCUGCUGCUUUCUGGGGGAGUCCGGGAAGGUGUCGUCGACCUGGACCUCGACGAGCUGAACAUCUAUGCUCGCGGGACGGACUACGACAUGGACUUCACCCUCCUGGUGCCGGCGCUGAAACUGCACGACCGGAACCAGCCGGUCACCCUGGACAUGCGGCACUCGGCCCUCUGCCACUCGUGGCUGAGCUUGCGGCUCUUUGACGAAGGGACGAUCAGCAAGUGGAAGGACUGCUGCACCAUCGUGGACCACAUCAACGGGGCCACCAAUUAUUUCUUUUCCCCGACAAAAGUGGCGGACUGGUUCUAUGACUCCAUCAGCAUCGUCUUGUCUGAGAUCCAGAAGAAGCCUCAGCGGGGGAUGCCCAAGGUGGAGAAGGUGGAGAAGAACGGGACCAUCAUCUCCACCAUCCUGGGGGUGGGCAGCAGCCGCAUGCUCUAUGACAUUGUGCCCGUGGUGUCCUUCAAAGGCUGGCCGGCGGUGGCCCAGAGCUGGCUGAUGGAGAACCACUUCUGGGACGGCAAGAUCACGGAGGAGGAGGUCAUCAGCGGCUUCUACCUGGUCCCCGCCUGCUCCUACAAGGGCAGGAAGGACAACGAGUGGAGGCUCUCCUUUGCCCGCAGCGAAGUCCAGCUGAAGAAGUGCAUCUCCGGCAGCCUCAUGCAGGCCUACCAGGCGUGCAAGGCCAUCAUCAUCAAGCUGCUCUCGCGGCCCAAGGCCAUCAGCCCCUACCACCUGCGCAGCAUGAUGCUCUGGGCCUGCGACCGGCUGCCGGCCAGCUACCUGGCCCGGGAGGACUACGCGGCCCACUUCCUGCUGGGCCUGAUUGACGACCUGCAGCACUGCUUGGUGAACAAGAUGUGCCCCAACUACUUCAUCCCCCAGUGCAACAUGUUGGAGCACCUCUCUGAGGAGACGGUCAUGCUCCACGCACGGAAGCUCUCCUCGGUGCGCUCGGAUCCCACCGAACAUCUCCGGACUGCCAUUGAGCACGUCAAGGCAGCCAACCGGCUAACGCUGGAGCUCCAGAGGAGGGGCAGCACCACCAGCAUCCCUUCUCCUCAGUCGGAUGGCGGCGACGCCAACCAGCCCGACGACCGGUUAGCCAAAAAGCUGCAGCAGCUAGUGACUGAGAACCCGGGGAAAUCCAUCUCGGUCUUCAUUAAUCCAGAUGACGUCACACGGCCUCACUUCAGAAUCGACGACAAGUUCUUCUGAGAGUUUCCCCGCACCUUUUUGUUCUUUCUCUUCCCCCCACUCCACUUCCUCCAGACUUGAACAGUGGUUUCCCUCGCCUCUCUCUUUGGCAUUUUUUUAACAUAUCCAGCUUAGAUUGGAUUUGUUGAGAACAACCCAGACUUCUUCCUGGUUCUGCAGGAUGGUGCAGAAACGGUAUAUUCCUCUUUGGUUUGCUGCUUCCCCCCUCCAUUGAAUUGUUCUGUGGGUCUGUAGUUUUUGGAGAAGACCAUGAACCACACACCUGCUUCCCCAUCCCUUUCUUUUGCAAAAAAAGAAUCCCUUGCUCCCGAAGGGUUUCCCACCAGGAACGUUUGGCUGGCUCCUAGCUCCUCUGCCAGGUUUUUUGCUUUAUUUGCUCUUCACUGUUCGCAUCCAGAAGGAUCACGUCGACUUUAAAAACGAUAAUGCCACAAACUUCCUAAAUUUGGGGUCUCUUUCCCCGCCACAGCCACUCUUCUUGAAUGUAAUUGUUCAGAAUCCAACUUGUACAGUACAGAGAAAGCUGUUUCCGCCAAUCUUCCAUGCAGGAUAAGGUUCUGGAAUGUUACUUUUUAGUGUGUGUAAUUAUUCAAAGCCUUAUUUAAAUGCUAUUAAACAACAUACCGUUAUAAAUGUUAAUUUGCACUAAUGAAAACUUCUGCCACCGCA